AUGCAGCAGCCAAGACCCCAGCAGCGAGCCCCGGGCAGCUUCUCGCCUCUGACCAACACAGGAAACGGAUCGUCCAAUGCCCACCCGAACCAGCCUCAUCAGGCCCACGGUUACCCUCAUGGUCAUGGUCAUGGUCAUGGCCAUGGUCACUCGCAGCCUCCGGCCCCAGGCCCGGCCCCUUCGCGCCCUCAGAUCCGCCGGAUAGAGUCCUCGUCGAGCGACGACACCAUAUCCAUCUCCAGGAGCAGAGGAGGGUGUCCGCCACACACACCCGUCGGCGUCACGAGCCCAUCCUUCCCCAACUUCGCCGCCCAUCCGAACUCGAGCACCAACAGUCUCCAGAACUUCUCCCGUCCCAGCAGACCGAGCAAUGAUCCUCCGGCCGGCCGAACCUCGUCGCCCUUGACCCUGCCCCCUACCCGCGUCGGACACGUGCGGAAGCACUCCCAGACCCAGACCCAGGGCCACUUUGAACCCACCCUGCCCUCUACGAGCUCGUCGAACCUCUCCCACAUUGCCAUGGCCCAGCCAUCCCCCGUGCUUUCCGCGAGCCACAUAGCCGCCCAGGCUGCGAUGCAGCAUCAGCAGCACAGUCGCCAUCGCUCGCAGACCGUCCCGGCUCCCGGGAGCGAGAGCUACGAGCCCGUGAAGAGGCCCGGCCCCAAACCAGUCAUGGGACCACGCAGUCCGCCAGUGCUCAGCUUGACCGAGGCAAGCGCACCACGCGACCACGGCUUCGGGAACCAGAGCUAUCACAACGGCCUGCUUGGCAAUCAUGCGGCCGCUGCUGCCGCGAAUGUCGUAUUUCCGCGCACUUCACCGCAGUCGUCACCUAGCUUACCGACGCAGGAGCCGCCCAUGCCGCCCAUGCCGCCGCCCCUGACUAUCCCUGAAAAGCCGACCAAGUCGGAAAAGUCAAAGGUCAAGCUUUUCUCGCGGCCCAAGAAGAUCGACACCAAGGGCGAGACGAAUCAGCGGCCGUUGCCCAGCCCGGGGAAGAUUGGGUCCGCCCUCGCCUCACUACAGCGUGGAAACUUCAGCACAACAAGUCUGGCAGAUUCACAGUCUUUCUAUAGCAUCGCCAACUCGUCCACUGCAACUAUACGACCUAUUGAUACCCAGCUCGAGAGGGAGGGGAAAGAAAAGGAAAAGGAACGGAGGCAUCACUUCCUCUCCCGGCAGAAGCACAAACUGAGCAGCAAAGAUGACUACCACCUCCCCUUGUCCUCGGCCGCCAGUAAUUCCCGACCAGUCGACCCCAAUGCCCCUACGAGUCUAUACAACUUCAACAUCCCACCUAGCCCGGGCCCGACCAACAACCUUGGCAAGAGCGUGAGUGGUCUCGACUUGCGCCAUGGCGGGCGUGCCCUUCGUGAAAAGAGAAAGGAAGAGAAGCUGGGAGAUGUGAUGCGCCAUGACAACGAUUCUAGUUUUGCCCUUGGGUCGGAGUGGGCCGGGCCAGGUAGUCUUGGAUCCACGGCCAACAACAAUACCGCGACGUCCUACCAGUUCGAACCAGUGGAUUCGGGCAAAUAUGGCUUGAACAGCAUGUCUUUCGACGACGCGUGGCCGUACCUAAAGGCGAAGCUGCUGGUGAUCUUCGAGGGUGGGGAUCUGCGACUGCCGGUCGAGGACUUCAACCGUGUCGUGACCAUGCACAUCCAGUACUGCAUACAACGCCGCGCCGGUCACAUUAUCGUCGACGACCUUCGGGACUUGUUGGCGACGGGCUUCUCCUCGCUGGACCACACAUUGCGCAUGACGCCCGAAGACAGACUGAUCCCGGCGCUGGUAGAAUUAUGGCUCUUCACGUUUACCAACAUCCUCCCCUAUAUGCAGGCCGUCUUCCUGCCGUUGGAUCUCGAGUUCUCGGGCUCCGGCGCCUUACUAUCACCGGAACAAGCACGCGACUUUUGGGGUGGCGCCGUCGCCCAUUCGCCGGGGCCAAAUGCCCAUUUCAACGGAUCAGGUCUGGAGCCGCAUCCUUCGCCGGCUUCCAAGGUCCUCGAGGUCCGGCGGCUGGUACUCCUGGCCUACCGAGACGCCAUGGUACUGCCUCGCUACGAGAAGCUCAAAGCCAUAUUCUCCCGAUUAUCGCUCGAGCACCUACCAUCAUCACUAGGCUCGCUGGCCUUGGCAUCGCCGCCGGUCCUGAACGACAGUGCCACCUCCCUGUCGACGUCGCCGAGUGACGGGUACUCGGCGCGGCCCGGGACAGCCAUGUCGCUCGACCCAAGCGUCGGCAGUUAUAACUCCAACUCGACGACGGUGUUUGGCAACGACUCAAACCCCUCGAGGAGCCGCGCAAUCAGUAACGUCUCGUACGGGAGCGGAGCCUCGGAGCCGGCGUCGGCGGGGGCUGGCAGCCUCCUCCGACCUUUCACGCCCCAGACGAGGGAGAGCGACCGCGGGAGGGAGAUAUUGGGAAGCGUGCGGGAGCAGAAUGUUGAGGACAGCAAACAGGUGACGGAGAUGGUUGGUCGCAUGCUGCAGUGCAUGAGCGUGCUGGCCAGCGUUGGCACAGGCGCCGACGGGCCCAGUAGUACAGCGACAGGUCCCGCGGGGGCGGACGAGCCGAGUAGGAUGGUGUUGGAGCUGGGCAGGCUGCUCAAGCUGAACUGGCUCGGCAGGGGACGGACGGGCAGGAACAGACGAGGAAUGGUUGGCGGUAGGGUGAAGAGACCCGACAUUAGCAACAAUUCGAGCCAUAGUGUGUUGCGGGAAGGGGUACGGGAGGGAGUCAGUGUUGCUGGAUGA